CGUGAGUUUGCGCGGUUCUGACCCAGGCUGGGCAGCAGCCAGACUGUCCUGGGCCUUGGCCAGGAAAGGAGGUUGUGCAGACUGUCCCUUGGCUAAGGAGCUAGACGGGCCAAGCCCAAAGGUCCGGGACUGUCCAAGCACAAGGCUGCCAAGGACCCAAAAGACCCUACGUAACAUGGGGAAGCCCCACCCACCUGAAGCCAAGAUGUCCAGCAAGCGAGCCAAGGCCAAGACCACCAAGAAGCGGCCACAGCGGGCUACAUCCAAUGUCUUCGCCAUGUUUGACCAGUCCCAGAUCCAGGAAUUCAAGGAGGCCUUCAACAUGAUCGACCAGAACCGCGAUGGCUUCAUUGACAAGGAAGACCUGCAUGACAUGCUGGCCUCUCUGGGGAAGAACCCCACAGACGAGUACCUGGAGGGCAUGAUGAGCGAGGCUCCGGGGCCCAUCAACUUCACCAUGUUCCUCACCAUGUUUGGGGAGAAGCUGAACGGCACGGACCCCGAGGAUGUGAUCCGCAACGCCUUUGCCUGCUUCGACGAGGAGGCCUCAGGCUUUAUCCACGAGGACCACCUACGGGAGCUGCUCACCACCAUGGGUGACCGCUUCACAGAUGAGGAGGUGGACGAGAUGUACCGGGAGGCACCCAUUGACAAGAAAGGCAACUUCAACUAUGUGGAGUUCACCCGCAUCCUCAAACAUGGCGCCAAGGACAAAGACGACUAGGCCGCCUGAGCCCUCCCACUGCCCGGCCCCGCCCAGGCACCCCUCCCUACACACUCAUCUGUACCAGCUCCAUGCCCACAAGACCCUGGCAUCCUUCCUGAAGGUCCCAGCUCCCAGGGGAGGAAAUGGGCCAUGGGAAGCACAGGGCCAGGCAAGGGGCAUACAGGUGGCUUUGGCAGGUGUUCCACCACGACCCUGAGACCCAAGGCUGUCUCCAAGCCCUGCAGUGAAGGACCACUGUCUGGGGAGAGGAGCCAGAGGGCAGGACUGGGAGGUAUAGGACGAGGUCCCUCGAGACAGCCAGGCCUUAGCCACGGCCUGCCCACUCCUGCGCUGACCACUGGCCCCAGGAGGAAGGGGCCACCACUCACCACUCCAUGCCAUGUGCAUUCCCACACACACACGUGCUCACCGCAUCCCUGCACUGCACCAUACCACACCACACCACACCCAUGGGUGAGCUCAGGAGGCUGUGAGGAGGGAUGUUUACCCCCAGGGAGGUGGAGUCUCCAAUAGAAGGUUGAACACUG